GUCUCUCCGUCAUGCAUUCUCAAAGUACCAAUCAGCUGGAUGUUGCGAACAACUCCCGUGUAGGCACCAAGCGCUAUAUGGCCCCAGAAGUCCUGGAUGAAACAAUUCAGGCGGACUGCUUUGACUCCUACAAAAGAGUCGAUAUUUGGGCAUUUGGACUGGUCCUCUGGGAAGUAGCCAGGCGCAUGGUUAGCAAUGGUAUAGUGGAAGACUACAAACCUCCAUUUUACGAUGUCGUUCCUAAUGAUCCUAGUUUUGAAGACAUGAGAAAAGUAGUUUGUGUGGAUCAGCAGAGGCCAAAUAUUCCCAACAGAUGGUUUUCAGACCCUACAUUAACUUCACUCGCUAAGCUCAUGAAAGAAUGCUGGUACCACAAUCCAUCGGCAAGAUUAACAGCUUUGCGUAUCAAAAAGACGUUGACCAAAAUUGACAAUUCCUUGGACAAGCUCAAAUCUGACUGUUGAUUUUUUUAAAAGCCACAAUGCUGGCAGACACAAAGAAGGACAUACAACUUGCUGGGAUUUGAUUCCAAGUGGCUUCAGGCAUCGGCACAGUUGUAUACCCAAACCAGCCAUUUGAGAGGAAACAGAGCCAUGUGAAUCUUAAUUAGCACCUGCCAUGGCAUUUUUGCAAAUGGCCAAUCAUUAAAGACUUCAAGCUGAAUCUCUGGUGGCCUAUGGAAGAAGAAGACGACAAAGGAGCCCUAAGACAAAAUCGGGGCAUUACAACCAUGGCUUUUAAUAUAUAUUUUUUAAUUCAGAAAAAGAAACAGAGUUAAUUUGUCUGUUUGAUGCUCCCAACAUUGACCCAUGGGACUGGACAAUUACAAUCCACAACUUUGCCUGCGUGUCUCUUCUUUGUUGCACUAAGGGAUUCCUUGCAUUCCUUCCUUGCACUGUUACAGUUUAAUUUUAAGGAACUGACUUGCCAAGAGUAGGAUUGGCUUUGUACACUUCGAUCUAUGUUUUUGGAUAUUAGGAAAUCAGUUUGGGCAACUGAACCCAUAACUGAGUCUUCUCCUCUUUCUCUUUUUAUUUUGUUAAGAUGCAUUUUACAUACGUGUACUGUUUACAGUAAGGCUGGACACUAGGAAUUGUUGAUGAGGAAACAUGCAGAUUUUAUUUAUUACUGGUGCAUUUAACAGUUUUUUAAAAAACUGAGGAAAAUGCAUACAGUUAAAGUUUAUUUUUAUGUAGCUUCUAUCACUUAUUACUGUCUCUUUUUUGUAAUAUCAUAUAAUCAGAAUUGGUUCUGUUUCUUUCCCCUGUUGAAUCAUUUAGACAUUUUAAUCACAUUUUUAAGUGCUUCACAUUUUAUAUGUGUAUGGUCUGUAACAUAUAUUUUCAGUUCAAAAUAUGCAAAACAUUUAUAUAUAAAUAUAUAUAAAUAUAAAUAUAUAUCUAAAUAUAAAGCCAUUACUCAAAUUAUGUCACAUCUUAGUACCUUAUUGAUUUAGAAGAACGGAUUAGCAAAGCAAAAGAGCAAACAAUAGUUCAUAAGAAAGUGCUGCUUCCUCCCUCCCCCAAUUUAUACAUAAUGAGUGUUUAAAUGUGGCAAGGAAUUGUUUUAAUUUGCUUUUUUUCCAUAUUAAGUAAUUGCUUGUAUAAAUGAAAGAGAAUGUUUCCCAUUGAAAUGAUAGGGAAGCAUUCUGCUAGUGCCUCCUGGGCUUAAGGUGAAGGUGGUGUACUUAAAUAGAAGCAUCACCAACAUAUUUAUCUGUGGGUGAUUCCCAUCCUGGACUGAGCUGUGCUGGAAAAUCUGCCAUCAUACAUUUUGGCCUAUGUGAUGGAAGAGUCUCUUGAGGUUUGCCAUGUUGGAACUGUCCCUCAGACAGGGGAUGCCAACAUUGAAUAUUCAUUCUGGAGCUGUGAUUUCCUAAUGGCAUGGUUAUUGAGUGAUGUAUGGAUAAAACAUGAUGUCUUCUGGCUGCUUUUUUAUAUCAAGUUUCCCAAGUAAAAAACUUUGAUUCUA